AUGUGACCGCAGCCGGAGAGGAAGCCUCAAUCACGGCGACAUGUCUGAGCGGACGCCGCUGCUGCAUUACCGGCUCUCCGCCAGCGUCAACGAGUCCGGAGAGCACCGGAGAGAUGAGCACGAGCCCCGGAGUCCCGCCACCGACCGGAGGAGAACCCCCGCUAAACAGCCGCCCAAACUCAACACCUUCUUCGGCGUCGUGAUUCCAACACUGCUGUCAAUGUUCAGUGUGGUGGUGUUCCUGAGGAUCGGUUUUGUUGUGGGUCAGUGUGGUCUGUAUCAGACUGUAGUGAUGCUGCUGGUGGCGUAUUUCAUCAUCAGUAUGACGGUUCUGUCGGUGUGUGCGAUCUCCACUAACGGAGCAUUGGAUGCCGGAGGAGCGUAUUACAUGAUAAGUCGAGCUCUCGGUCCCGAGAUCGGCGGCAGCAUCGGCAUCAUGUUCUUCUUGGCUAACGUGUGCGGUAGCGCCCUCUAUGUGCUGGGACUGGUGGAGGCGAUUCUCACAACCUUCGGGAUUUCUGAUGACGGCUCGUCACUGACUGGCUCUCGAUACGAGGCUCUGCCGAUUGGUUACUGGUGGUCUCUGCUGUACGGGACAGUGAUUCUGCUGCUGUGUGUGUUGGUGUGUCUGGUCGGGGCUCAUAUCUAUGCUAAAGCCACCUUCCUCAUCUUCAUCAUCGUCAUGGUGGUUUUAGGGACCAUCUUUAUCAGUUUCUUUGCAGUGCCGUUUCGAACCGUCCAACUACCUGGCCAAAGAAACGCCUCACUCGGCCCAACGAGCGCCAACUUCACCGGCUUCAAGUUAGACACGCUGUUGGGAAACGUGCAAGCUGACUAUGUAGUGGACUACACCACCGGAGUCAUGAUGUCCUUCGCCACAGUUUUUGCGGUGAUGUUUAAUGGCUGCACUGGAAUCAUGGCUGGAUCCAACAUGUCUGGUGAUCUGAAGAACCCAAGCUACUCCAUUCCUCGUGGAACCAUCACAGCUGUCAUCUUCACUUUCAUCAUCUAUAACCUGCUGAGUAUACUGAUCUCCUGCACCUGUGACCGGAUCCUCCUGCAGAAUGAUUACGGUUUCCUCACAGAUAUUAACGUCUGGCGUCCCUUCGUGACGAUCGGCGUUUAUUCGUCCACGCUCUCCGCUGCCAUGAGUAACCUGAUCGGAGCGUCCCGCAUCCUCUUCGCUCUGGCCCGAGACAAUCUGUUAGGACGCUUUCUGUCUCCAGCCAAACACACGUCUGCCAGCGGGAACCCCUGGGUGUCUGUGCUGAUCUCCUGGAUCUUUGUGCAGCUGGUGUUGUUCUCGGGGAAGCUGAACACGAUAGCGAGUAUCGUCACUAUAUUCUUCCUGCUGGUGUACGCAGCUGUGGAUCUGGCCUGUCUGGCUCUGGAGUGGGCCUCCGCUCCCAACUUCAGGCCCACGUUCAGAUAUUUCACGUGGCACACGUGUGUUCUGGGGAUCAUGGGCUGCGCUGUGAUGAUGUUCCUGAUCAAUGCCAUCUACGCCUCGGCGAGCAUUGCCUUCAUGCUGCUGCUGCUGCUGCUGAUCCACUACCUGAGUCCCGUCAGCAGCUGGGGCUUCAUCAGCCAGGCGCUCAUCUUCCACCAGGUGCGUAAAUACCUGCUGAUGCUGGAUGUUCGUAAGGAUCACGUCAAGUUCUGGAGGCCACAGGUGCUGCUGAUGGUGUCCAACCCCAGGUGCAGCGUGGGAUUGAUCACGUUCAUCAACGACAUCAAGAAGAGUGGCCUCUAUGUGCUGGGACACGUGCAGCUCGGAGACCUCGACAUUCUCCCGUCAGAUCCGCUGCAGUCUCAGUAUGACUCCUGGUUGUCUCUGGUGGAUCAUUUGAAUAUUAAAGCGUUUGUUAAUCUCACGCUGGCCGACUCUGUCAGACAUGGAGUUCAACACCUGCUGUUUAUAUCGGGACUCGGCGGUAUGCGACCCAACACUCUGGUUUUGGGUUUCUAUGAUGAUAUCCUGCCUCAGGACCAGCUUCAGGACUCCUCUUUAUCAAUGUGCAAAUUCUCCGAAAACUCGUCUCAAACAGACGACCCUGAAGACCAAAACAACUCUGCCUUCCAUUUCCCGCCAGUGCGAGGGGGCGUGUCUGUGGGCAGGGGCGGAGUCUGGGGUGGGAAGUCUAUGGGGCCUCAGGAGUAUGUGUGCGUCAUCGCAGAUGCAGUGAAGAUGCUGAAGAACGUAGCUUUAGCGCGAUAUUUCGGUCCGUUCGAUCGUACGCGUGCGCUCCAAGGGCCCGUAUUCGUCGAUGUGUGGCCAGUGAAUCUCUUGCGUCCGGACAGUGCUGCGUAUGUUGACACAUGCUCGCUGUUUUUGCUUCAGCUCGCGUGUAUUUUGAACAUGACAAGGGCGUGGCAGAAAGCUAAGCUCCGCCUAUUUUUAUGCGUAGAGGAGGGGAGGAGCCUUAAAGGCACGGAACAGAAACUCAAAAAUCUUUUGAAAGAACUGCGAAUGAAGGCGGAAAUCAACACAGUUCCCUGGGAUGCGCAAGUCGCGCUUCAUUGGCAGCGCCAGAUGGGAGCGGAAGAAAUCGAAGAGAUGGAAAGCGAAGAGGGCGGGGUCGAAGCCGAUAAAGUGUUCGCGAACAGUUUCCCUAGCAACACCUCGCGAGUGUCGGAUAAAUAUUUACAAGCGGUUAACAAGCUCAUCCUGGACCAGACGCUCUGCCCCCCCACUGUCCGCUUCCUGUAUUUGCCCCGCCCCCCCGCCGACACCAGCCGUUACCAUGACUACCUGCAUCAGCUAGAGCUGCUCACGCGUAACCUGGGUCCGACCCUCCUGAUCCACGGGGUCACGCCGGUCAUCACCACUGACCUUUGACCUUUCCUCCUCAUUUGUACGUAAAAAAAAAACUUCGAUUUAUUGUUUUUCACUUUUUCUGAGCACUUCAGAAGAGAGAGAAGAGUUACAGAAGAUGUUAUGGAUCAGGAGAAAACAUUCUGUCGUUCCACUCAUUCCAUUCCGGUUCUUCCGUCUCUCCUCGCCCUUUUCUUUUCUCUGAUUGUAACAAUGUAACAAGCUGAUUUCCUGGAAUUCCAGAAUGUUGCCACUCGGCAACUGGAUAUUUUUCCUGAUUGUAAUGUUUUACAAUGUUUUUAGCCACUCCAGAAGUAUUUUGAAUUUUCACAGCAAAAGAACAAAGAUUUGUGAGUGUGUUUGUUUACUUGAUGCAAUAAUAAUAAUGUUUUUUUGUUUGUAUUUUACGGCCAAAAUGGAUCUCAUGCUUUCAGCAGUAACACUGAGUUUUACAGUUUUAUUCACACCAAACCAAAGUGCGUUGUGUGUGUGUGUGUGUGUGUGUGUGUGUGUGUGUGUGUCUGUGUGUGUGUGUGUGUGUGUGUGUGUGUGUGUGUGUGUGUGUGUGUGUGUGUGUGUGUGUCUGUGUGUGU